GAAGCACCUGGCUGCAGGAAGAACAGGUCAGCCCAACUCGAGGGUGCUCCCAAGCGGCUGUGGACUAGCAAUGGGCCCUGCAGGGAGAUCGGAGAAGUGUGAACCAAACUGUAGGACUGAUGAACCCGAUUCUCAAAUGCAUACCAAAUAGUGAUUAUCUGAUUAUCUGAGAUUCUACACAGUGGGAGAAAAGAUUAAGGACCAUUUCCUAAACUGGCAUAACUACUUCGGGCCUCCAGGAUGGCAAUCCAUUUCCGUUCACUCUUCCCCUUGGCAUUGCCUGGAAUGUUGGCGCUCCUCGGCUGGUGGUGGUUUUUCUCCCGUAAAAAAGAGCAGGUGAGCAGCAAUGAUAAACCGGUGGAGUCUGGUGCUGUGGUGCUGAGGGCCAGCCCCAACAUCAAGAAAUCGCCCCCCAUGGAAGAGGCCUGUCCUGGAGUUGUGUCCACACCUCCCAGUGUCACACAGCCACUAGAAAAGGAACAGUCCGCUGCUAGCAAGCCCUCCGUGGAGCCCCCAGCCUCGCUGCGCACACACCUGACCUGUCGCAGAUCAGAGUCCUCAGGCUGCCUCCCUAACACCACAGACUCGAGAUCUCAACCAGGAACACGCAAAGACGACAGCGCAAAGGUGGAACUCGCCCUGAUGGGUGAUGAAGCCAGAUCUCUUCCUCUCGAGUGUCCCCUCCCAUCUCCCAAGGAUGUUCUGUUCCCCCACGAAGCCGUUGAGGUGUGUAAGCGAGAGGUGGUGUUCAGUAAGGUGCCAGGGAGGGGCUGGCCUGGCCAGUCUGUGUGCGCUGCAGAGAAGUAUGGCCCCGGGGACAAGGCAAGAGAGACAGGUGGAGCCGAGGGGACCGGCGAUGCAGUGCUGGGGGAGAGUGGGCUUGAAGAAGGCCUGUUGUCGCAGGAGCGUGUCUCAGAAUUAGAGAACAGCAAGGCCCUCAGCCUCGCCCCGCCAGGAGGCGGAGGAGAGAAGGGGAGCGGUGGCUCCUUCUCCCCACCCAGAGAAGAGUCCGCAGUCGGGAAGUUGUUAAGUAGCUCUGGCAAGUCGACUCACGCAGAGCUGGCAAAGGAUGAAGAGAUGCAGGCAUCUGAGGUCCGAGACGUGGCAGGAGAACUAGGCAGAAAGGAGAGCUUGGAUAAGGAGAGGAUUGAGCAGGCUGCUUUCCAGAUAAUCUCCCAGGUGAUCUCGGAAGCGACCGAAGAGGUGCUGGCCAGCACGGGGGGCAAGAUGGCAGGUCAGUUAUAUCAGGCCUCAGGCAGUCAGACUCGAGGACAGGAGGAGAACUGUACCCCAGCCAGCCAGAAAACUGCCCUGCAGCAAGACACUGCAGAGGCUGCUCCAAUCAUAGUGGGGUCAGCUGCUGGCCUAGCGGACUCUGCCCUUCCCUCGCCAGGCCCACCAGCAGAGGACCUGCCAUCACCAAAGACCUAUGUGAGCUGCCUGAGCAGCCCGCUGUCCAGCCCCACCAAGGACAGGAAACCAAAGAACUCCGCACACCCCAUCUCCCUGGCCCCUUGCCCACCUCCAGCAACCCCCCUCAGAGAGUCACUGGAUGAGGCUUGCAUCCUGGCGGGAGAUGCCACCUGUGUUACCUGUGCGUCAGACAGCCAGAGUGCUCCUUCCACGGCCGCCUCGGAGCAGUGCUCAGAUUCCGUCAGCACUUCAGGGCUCGAAGACUCUUGCACAGAGACCAACUCAAGCCCCAGGGACAAGGCUGUCACCCCGCCACUGCCAGAUAGUACUGUGCCCUUCAGUAACGGGGUGCUGAAAGGGGAGUUGUCAGACUUGGGGGCUGAAGACGGAUGGACCGUGGACCCAGAAGCAGAUCACUCGGGAGGUUCCGACGGGAACAGCAUGGAUUCUGUGGAUAGCUGUUGCAGCCUCAGGAAGGCUGACAGUUUCCAGAAUGCCCAGGCAGGCUCCAACCCUAAAAAGGUUGACCUCAUCAUCUGGGAGAUCGAGGUGCCAAAGCACUUAGUUGGUCGGCUAAUCGGCAAGCAGGGGCGGUACGUGAGUUUCCUGAAGCAAACUUCUGGUGCCAAGAUCUACAUCUCAACCCUGCCUUACACCCAGAACAUCCAGAUCUGCCACAUAGAAGGCUCUCAGCAUCAUGUGGACAAAGCUCUGAAUUUGAUUGGAAAGAAGUUUAAGGAACUGAACCUCACCAACAUUUACGCUCCCCCGCUGCCUUCGCUGGCACUGCCCUCUCUACCAAUGACGUCCUGGCUCAUGCUGCCCGAUGGCAUCACUGUGGAGGUAAUCGUGGUCAACCAGGUCAAUGCUGGGCACCUGUUUGUGCAGCAGCACACGCACCCCACCUUCCAUGCACUGCGCAGCCUGGACCAGCAGAUGUACCUCUGCUACUCUCAGCCUGGAAUCCCCACCUUGCCCACCCCCGUGGAAAUAACCGUCAUCUGUGCCGCCCCUGGUGCGGACGGGGCCUGGUGGCGAGCCCAAGUGGUUGCCUCCUACGAGGAGACCGACGAGGUAGAGAUUCGCUACGUGGACUACGGUGGAUACAAGAGGGUGAAAGUAGACGUGCUCCGGCAGAUUCGGUCUGACUUUGUGACCUUGCCAUUCCAGGGAGCGGAAGUCCUUCUGGACAGUGUGAUGCCCCUGUCAGAUGACGACCACUUUUCACCUGAGGCAGACGCAGCGAUGAGCGAGAUGACAGGCAACACGGCGCUUCUGGCGCAGGUGACAAGUUACAGUCCAACUGGCCUUCCUCUCAUUCAGCUGUGGAGUGUGGUUGGAGACGAAGUGGUGCUGAUAAACCGGUCACUGGUGGAGCGAGGCCUCGCGCAGUGGGUGGACAGCUACUACUCAAGCCUUUGACCCCGGCUCCUGAGCCACUUCUUGAGUCUUUUUUGCACUGUUGAAAUUGGGCUUGGCACUCAAGGCAAAGAUUUAACAUCAGAGUAAUAAACAUCGUCCUCUCGAGUCCUCUCUUUCCCCUUCUGUAGGUCCUAUCGAGAAGACAUUUCCUCUCCGAGGGAAAAGGACAGAACGGCGGGUUCCUUUCAAAGCCAUUGGAUGGUGUUUGACAAGCCAGCUGGCUCGACCUCAUUGACCUAAGCUGGUUAAAAUGAAAAAUUGAAGAGAAGCGGUCUCAACCAGGUGUCUGUUCCCCUCCGUUCAUUCCCGUCUUCUUCCUUCCCACCCUCUCCACCAAAACUCCACAGACUCCAGCAGGCAGGCCACAGGCCGUGUGGUGUGGCUUGCUGCAAAGGGUUUCUUUUACUUCAAAGUCUUUCUUCAGGGAACCAGCCAUGGACUGACUGACUGGUACCAGUUCGCUGUACGGCUCAACAUAAAUGAAUUGAUGGUGUUUGAUCAGUUUUUAUACACUUCCUCUAGGUUUCUGGAAACCCAGACUUUUUUAAUGCAGGUGUAAAUAAUGGAGCAAUCGUCACACCUCUAGCCCUUGUGAUUGGGAAGGGGAACUGUUAUCUUGCCAAGCCUGGUUGUAAUUUAUAACCAUUUUCUAUUUGUGCAAAUUCUGUAAAUAUAUGUUUAAAAAUGUAUUAUUUUGUACAAGAGACACUGGAGAACAAAGGGAACUCAAGGUUUUUCCACACACUUCACCUGUAAGUAGAAAUGAAUCCUGUAGAGGGCGGCUGCCAAUCCUGGCUCCUCUUCCAGGAAUUCCAGGGGUUCCUGCAUAUUGGACAGGUGACUGUCUGGGAUAGAUUGUCAUUUGGGGAUUUUUUUGCUGUACACACUUGUUUAAAAAAAAAAAAAAAAAAAAGUAAUUCAUUGAAUACCUUGUAGUGGUGUGUUUGAUUCUUUUUUUA